AAAGCAGGCUCUUUGAUAAGGCGGCUGCACCCUCUGCUGCUAGUCAGUCAGCACAACUGAAGGCAACAGGCACCAAGUCAUGGAGCAAAAUGUGAGGAUUGUGUCAAGGGCGCAGUGGCGAGCAGCUCAACCUAAACAGAAGGAGAGACUGAAGAGCUUGGCCCGAAGAGUUGUCAUACACCACACUGCACUCCCAAGCUGCCAAGGCCUGGAGGCGUGUAAGGAACAGAUCUUCAGCAUCCAGAGAGGUCACAUGACAGAGAGAGGCUUCAGUGACAUUGGAUAUAAUUUUCUCGUUGAAGGAGGCGGCAUCGUGUUCGAGGGGCGUGGCUGGGGUGUGAUGGGGGCACAUUCCAAAGGCAACAAUCAUGACUCCCUGGGCAUUGCCUUCAUGGGCAAUUUCAACAAUGAUGCACCAAGCAAAGAGGCGAUGCUGUCGGUCAAACAGCUGCUGCAAUCUGGAGUUUCCCAGGGCUUUUUAUGUAAAGAGUUUGCUCUGUUAGGACACAGAGACCUGGGUAGCACAGAAUGUCCAGGAGAGAAACUUUAUUCUGCACUACCAAAACUGAGGGGAACCACAUAAAUCCUGCUGGCCGUGUUGGAGGAGGAUUCUUUCUGGUAUGAAAAAGAGAUUCAUAGUCUUCAGUUGUAAAAGAAAGAUGUCACACAGAUUUCACAAUGAAUUUGCAGCCUUUUUCUCUCAGAGGAAGUCAUCAGAAUCUGGGUUUAUUGCCAAGUAGGUUUACACAUACAAAGAAGUUGCUGUGGUAUGUUUGUGCUUGUGUAUAAAUAUAAAAAUAUAUUAUAAUAAAUAAAAAAAUAGGGACCAUUAUAAAGAUAUUUUAAAAACUAAAAAGAGAUAUGUGUAAUAUGAACAUUGAGACCAUGAGAUGAUGAGACCCAAAGUCUCUCCCUGUCAAGAAGGACAAAAUGUUGACAAACUAUUUAAGAUAUGUUAAAAGACUGUCAGAAUCUUUUUAACUGAAUCCAGGUGGCAAUAUCUUUUGUUGUUAUCAGAGGAAUGUGGUGCAAAAUAAACACUUCCUUGAAUUGAACCCAUUCUAACAGCAAGCGUUUGGAAAUAAAUACCAGUUGUUACUGAUAUUCUGAUUAUUUAAUUAAUUGAUUAAACUAAUGCAGUUUGCGUUGUAAACCUGCAUAUUUGGGAUGGGCUGUUUUCUUGGUCUGUGUUAAUGCUCUGGAGCUAAAUCAUGAUUAUCUGUCAUAAGUGAGUCACUUUUUAAAUGUGUGCGAGGCCCUGUCUGCAGAGCUUUUUAUAAACCGUCUGAUGCAGACCUAUAACCCUAACCCAAACCUUACCCACCAGCCCGUUCACUGUGAGCUACCCACUCAACAAAAUCAUGACUGUUUGCUGUCCUGGCUCCUAAAUAGUGGAACGAGCUCAGGACAGCAGAAAGUCUACACAUCUUCCCCUGCAAACUAAAAACACAUCUCUUCUGA